GUCAAUUUUAAAGUUUCUCCUCGCGCGUCAAAGCCAAUUUUCUUAUGAUUUAUAUUAUUUGAUAUUUACAAUUUAUAGUGAAAUCUGAUGGUUUUUUUCAUCGUCGUAACAAUAAGAGCUCCGUACGGAGCGUAUUGAUACCGAAUGUCUUACCAGCUCUUGAAAUCUAACAUGCAGUUCAGUUAUCUCAGCAACAAAGAGAGAGAAAAUUUUUUCCUACCAGAAGACGAUGACGAUGAAUUUGAUUUCGAGUAUAUACCAGCAAGUGAAUUCAGGAACGUUGUUAAAACCGUUCGGAGACAAAAAAUUAAAAUGGAAGAGGAACGGGCAUGGGAGAAUUUUGUAAAGCAACAGGAAUUGCUAGAGGGACCAGAUAUCAUGUUAAAUGAUUUUGAGUAUGGUAUAAAAAGUAAUAUCAAGGAAUUACUACGAGACAAUGUUGGAAACAUGGACAGAGAAUUGAAGCGAUUAGAGGACGAUGCUAUGCCUGAAAUCAAUAAAACGUACAAAAGUAUUAAUGGAAUAAGAAGGAUUGACGCUCAGUCGAUGGCACAAACAGCAAAUAAGUCACCCGUGAUGAUAGAGACCGGUACAGGAAGUUCAAAUAUUUUACUAACUAUUCCAGAAGAGCAAAACCUUCAUGACACGUAUAGGAAAUCAGCAAACUCGACAUUAAAAAAUGUUAACAACGCCAGAAAAUCAUCUUCUGAUCAUUUGGUGAUGAACAAAGAUCACUCAAGAAGGCUUCUACAUGUUAUGGAUGAUUCGGAGUACUACUCCAGCCCUGAAAUAAGUCCUGAUAGAGUUAGUGAUAAAGAAGAACAUUUUACAAGACCUGAUUCAAUGGUCAUCCAAAGAGUGUUAUCAAUUCAAAACAAGAUUUCCUGUGUAUUGGAUGAAAUUUCCUUCAGCCUUGAUCGAAUCCCACAGCCUGACGGUGAAAGGGAUUUGUCCCGUAGGCUGCAGAGAGUGUCUGAAUUUUCCGUCCGUUUCUCUAGAAAUUAUUUAUAUGAAUUGGGACGACAUAUAACAGAUUUGCAACAACAUAUUCGUGCUAUAUCUCUGAGUACCCGUCCUAGGCCAUCUAUCAGAAGCUCGGCCUUUCAUCUUCACGUGAUUGGUCAAAAAAUGAUCAGCGCUCAUCAAAUAUUGCUGCAAGCUUUAAGCGCAUAUUGCAAGCAUAUACCGAGUUCCAUUGUCAAGGGACAUCCUGGAAAGUUGAAAGAAAUUUUACAGGUAGUAAUGGACCUGGCGGAUAUGUGCGACAAGAUCAAUAUUACUUCAGAAUAUUAUGGAUCUGGGGAUGCUGAAAUGCAGCCACACAUUAAAGAAACUCAUCGAAAGUGUGGGGUUAUCAUGUCGAAGCUCCAUUUGAAAAGUUUAGGUUCUGACGACUCGCCAGUAAUGAGUUAUACAACUCAGUCAACAGUAGCUAGUAGGCCAAAAUUUAUACCAUCUCAAAAAAGAACUAAACCAAAGCGGUUAUCUAGCUGCCUCAGCAUGUAUAAUAUAGAAGCUAAUAUUCCAAAAUGUAACCCCAGCAGGAGAUCAAGCACCUGCUUACCAAAAGAGAAAAAAUAUGCAAAUACAAGUUCAAGGUUCUUGAAUUACAAUCAAUCAACAACGUCUAAACAACCAAAUCAGAAUCUUCCAGCGGUGAAAUCGUCGAAACAAUUUGUUCGAAAUUUUGCACCAAAAGCCCGAUUACCUUUGAGGGAAGAUGAUAUCAGAACAAUGAUGGAUACCUUGCCGUCCACUGAUUCUGAUAUCGCUAGCAGCGUUGACACUGGUCCAACAAAAGGAUGUUUUGGUACAAAUUCUGGAGCUAAAAAGUCUGAAACGAAAGUUAAUCGACAUUUUCUUAUGAGGCAACAAAUUCCAUCCCAUAAAAUGGUCAUCAAAGAGUCACGCAAACAAAAAUUCGCUAAAAGAGUUAUAGAUGAUCAAGAAUUGACCAAGAAAGUAACAAUGAUUACGGAAGAACACCUUUCCACUUUGGUACCAGUUAUAGCCGACCUCAUGUCUGUAGUAACUAGCAAGAAAAAUGAUUUUGAGAUCAGGCCAGUUUCAUCAGCUUCAAUGGAGACUCUUUUAGAAUUCUUACAAAAGUAUCAAUCCCCGCAACGUGAAGCUAUAAAACUUGGGCAUCAAGAAUCUAAUUGCAUUAAAGAAGUUAAGAGUGGCUCUAAGAAUAUGCAGUUGAUUUGUCUGCCAUACAAAGAUGAAAAGGGCAAGGAAUUGAAGAUUUGCAAUACUGCCUACCAAAUGAACCCAGAAAUUAAACCCCAGGGGGCGAAUAUUCCUACAGACGCGAAAAUAAUUAUAACUUCUAAUAGCGGCCCGGAGACUGUGGUUCAGCUUAUCUCACCUGCAUCAACAGACUCAAUCAUUCCUGAAUAUUACCAUAAGUACCAAAGCUUUAUUCAGGCGAAUCCUAUGUAUUUGAGCAAUACAAAUAAUAAACCAUGGGAUGUGGUUGCCUGGAUCGCUGACAAACUUGUUGAUGAAUUGGUAACAGAGAUAUCGAAGGAACUUCAAAUUGACAAUAUCAUAAAGAAAAUGUUUGACCUAGAAUUUGAAGAGUUCUAGCAAAUGUACCAUUCCUUGCAUUGAUGAGUGAAAAAAAAACAAUAAAAAAUAAUUUUUGUAAGGGAUUGAAUAAAAUCACUGAGGUUUUUAUGAUGUUCCUUUUUGAAACUAAAACUAUUGUAUUUUAUCCUUUUUACAUUGUCAUACUUUAGCAUUAACGUUGACUGAAGAAUCUUGUUCUCCAGUCAACGGCACUGGCCUCACAGCUGGUUAAUUCAAAUAAACAAUAUG